AAAUAUCAAAACCCACCGAAGGAAGAGAACAAUCCACAACAAUCAACCUAUCCACAAGAACAAGCACCUCAAAACCGUAACAUUAAACAAAAUGACACCUCACAGAAAUAUCAACACCCACCGAAGCAACAGAACAAUCCCCAACAAUCAACCUAUCCACAAGAACAAGCACCUCAAAACCGUAACAUUAAACAAAAUGACACCUCACAGAAAUAUCAACACCCACCGAAGCAACAGAACAAUCCACAACAAAAAGAACAACAGUGUAACCCCCCGCAAGAAGAUCACCCUUCACAGCCGUAUGAAAACCCACAAGAAAAUCAGUUACAUUCUCAGGAAGAUCUGUGCAACAAUCCCCCCAAGGCAACAUCACAGCAACAACAAGAAUGCCGCCCACAACAACAGGAAAACCCCAUUAUUUUAGAAUAUAUGGAUUCGAUGUAUAAAUAUCAAAACCCACCGAAGGAAGAGAACAAUCCACAACAAUCAACCUAUCCACAAGAACAAGCACCUCAAAACCGUAACAUUAAACAAAAUGACACCUCACAGAAAUAUCAACACCCACCGAAGCAACAGAACAAUCCACAACAAUCAACCUAUCCACAAGAACAAGCACCUCAAAACCGUAACAUUAAACAAAAUGACACCUCACAGAAAUAUCAACACCCACCGAAGCAACAGAACAAUCCACAACAAAAAGAACAACAGUGUAACCCCCCGCAAGAAGAUCACCCUUCACAGCCGUAUGAAAACCCACAAGAAAAUCAGUUGCAUUCUCAGGAAGAUCUGUGCAACAAUCCCCCCCAAGCAACAUCACAGCAACAACAAGAAUGCCGCCCACAACAACAGGAAAAACCCAUUAUUUUAGAAU